CGCGGAGAGCCCAACAGACAGACUCUGCAUCCGCUCGUGAUAGUUGGUGGCUGCGCAUCGCUCGCACGGAUUUAACUUGAUACAUAUCUCAGGAUUUUUUUAGGGAGAGGCGACUUUUGAAUAUUGCAAACUGAGCAUAUUCAUCGCUUAUUCCUACACCAGUGGAUCGUAAUUUGCUGUGGUUUUGUGGGAUAUUUCCGAUAAGGAAAUGCCUGCCGAUAUGAUUGAAAAAAACUCAUCCUCUCCGGUCGCAGCAACCCCGGCCAGCAUGAAUACAACUCCCGAUAAACCCAAGACAGCCUCUGAACACAGAAAGUCAUCCAAGCCAAUUAUGGAAAAGAGGAGAAGAGCCAGAAUCAACGAGAGCUUGGGGCAGCUGAAAACUCUCAUCCUGGAUGCGCUCAAAAAAGAUAGCUCCAGACACUCUAAACUGGAGAAGGCGGACAUCCUGGAGAUGACUGUGAAGCAUCUCCGGAACCUCCAGAGAGCUCAGAUGACCGCUGCCCUCAACACCGACCCCACUGUUUUGGGAAAAUAUCGUGCCGGUUUCAGCGAGUGCACGAAUGAAGUCACUCGGUUCCUGUCCACCUGCGAAGGUGUCAACACCGAGGUCAGGACGCGGCUCCUCGGUCACUUAGGCAGCUGCAUGGGCCAGAUCAACGCGAUGAACUACCCCAGCCAGCAUCAGCAGCACCAACACCAACUCCCCCCCACGGGCGGACCAACCCACCCCUCCUUUGGCCAGUCCAUGGUGCAGAUCCCCAACUCUCCCCAGCAAAUCCUGCCCAUGAACACGGUGUCCUGUAAAGGAGGCUCCUCGCCGGGCAAUUUAUCACCAGACGCCACCAAAGUGUACGGCGGUUUCCAGAUCGUGCCUGCCAACGAUGGACAGUUUGCAUUCCUCAUACCUAAUGCGGCUUUUGCGCCAAACGGCCCUGUCAUCCCCGUGUACGCAAACAAUGUCGGCACGCCGGUCACCGUCCCAGCUGCGGUGUCCCCCGGAGUCCCGUCGGGCAACACGGAUUCAGUGUGGCGACCCUGGUGAAAAGUGGAAAGGACAAAAAAUACUCUAAAAUGACACUUAAUAGUUCUCUCUUUGUUGAAUGUUAGAAAGUUGUUUUGAAUUUUUUUCUCGUUAAAUGGAAAGAGUAUGCACUAUAUUUGUACAGCUAACAAUGGAGUAAAGUUCAUAUUGAAAUGAGAAUUGUAUUGUGGAAGUCCGUUCACUGCAUUUUUUAUAUAUAUAUUUGAGUUGUCUUUUUUUACUGUGUGAUGCCAAAGAUGUUCAAUGCUCUUAUAAUGUUCUUCGUUUUGGAAGACAAAUAAAUUUGUAAAGAUAUGAAAAACAA